UAAUAAUUUUUUAGACUCUCACUCACUCAUCACGGCUGCCAUGUUUUUUUUCAUGUGGGGUGUGUGUAUAUCCAUAUAACAUGAUAAUUUAACCCCGUACAAAUUGUUACAGAAGGGGUGCACCAAGUGCGUCAUUUGUUACUAGCUAGUGACAAUGCAAUCUCUCACAAUUUAUUAGACACGAUUUAAGCUGCCUUACAAUUAAAAAAUCGAAUCACUAGCAAAGACUAGGCCAAAGAAACUUAUGAUGUAUUAGUAAAGAGGCAUAUAAAGGAUCGAUUAUAACACACGGCCCUCGGCAUUUGAAAAAUGGACCUUCGAUUUAUGAGCGUGAUGAUGUUAUUUGAUAACGGCGGAGAUUAUUGCGGGCAGGAUGCGUAAGCAUAAGAGAGAAAGCCAGGCGGACGCCUGCUGGCCUGCCACAUCCAGAGAGCUUCACCCAACUCCAUACCUUGUCAUCUGAUACCCAUACUACAUACAGAGGAUAUGCAGUGCUCAGUAACAUUGGAAAGAGACCAUUACACUGGAUAUGUUACAAUGAAGACAAUUAGCAAUUAUAAGAAUCCUUACAAAAAGGAACCUAAUAUUGACAAUAUUGUUGAUCAGCUGUGUACGAGACUUCAAGAUAUCAAAGAUCAAGAAGGUGCGUCACAAGUAGUUAUGCCCACGUGUUCCAUAGAACAAUCUGAGGCUGUACGACGAUAUUACGCUGCUUUUCCGGCUCUGAAGAAAGGUGAAGAGUCUCCGCUGCAGUAUUACCUGCCGCCGCCAGCGUGGUGUCGCAAAUCAGCACCAGAUAAACUAACCAAAAUGCAAAGUGAAAUAUCAAUAUCAAAAGAUUGGAAUGCGAAAAACAAAAAAUUUGCUUCAGGUAAAGAGCGACGUAAUUCCUAUCACGGUCAAAGAAAGGGCAACAAAAAGCGCUGCAACAGUUAUAGUAGGUCCUUUGAAAGUAAAGAGAACUUGCCUGAGUGGGUUACUCACGAGGGAGUUUGGGAUAUUGAAACUCAGGAUCCUGUGAAAGAAUUCAUUAGAGCUAUAGCAUUAGACGAAGGUUACGGUACUUGCGAAAAUACAGUAACUGACGAAAUUAAGGAGAUAACGGGAGCUAAGCUGACAAUGAAUGAAAACAUGGUGCCAAACUGGGACGACAGUAUCGAUUUUGAUACGGAUUGGAUUAUAGCUGAAGAUCUCAAUCCCAGAGUUAGAACUCCGAUGGAGGAAGAACUGUAUGCAAAAUUCGAAGCAAAGUUUGAUCGUACCAUUGAAGCAUUGUGGUCAAAGGACCAAAAUACUCCCGAUGAUGAGUAUCAAGAUCUUCCAAUCGAUUUCCAAGAUCUCCUUUCGUCUCCCUCCGAUCAUCUAUUUGCCGAUCCGUCCGCCGAGAAGUGCAGCUUGAUAUCUCUCACCGAAAGUAUAUGGUCUAAUGACGCCACAGAUGGUAUAACAAUCGACCGUGCCGAAUCACCGACGAAAAUCGCCGAGGCGCUGCAUGAUCGUUUCAAGCCGCUAAAUCUCGCCGAUGUCGCGGAACCGCCGCCAUAUCCACCGCGCGUGCUCGAGUCGUUCUCAAUCUACGAAGACCACGAGAUAUAUGACGCGCUGUCAGCUGUAGCGAAAACGAUGCAAUCGUACACUACGAUCAAUCAUAGUCGCGACUUCAGCGGCUUCGCGGAGGUGCCGCCUCGACGGCGACCUCGCAACGAGAACGCCUUCGCCGUCGAGACGAAACCUGCGGAGGACACGCCGAGAGCCUCCGUGCUUUGCGAGGAUUUGCUCACGUCCUCUCGGACUCACUUCAAACCCAUCCGCCGCGAGGCGGAGAUCGAACCCACACGCUACGCGGACGGCGACACGUUCGACAUCCGCGGCGACCUCGACGAGGUCGAGUUCAGUCGCAGCGAGUCCGGCGGAAUGUACUUGAAGAGCUCCCUCGAACGGUACCUCGAGUACCGCUCCGGGAACGGCAUCGAUUACGGCCGACUGAACUUGACGGACGCGCAGCGCUGCCCGGACCUCGACGACCCGGGUUUCCGGCUGCGCUUCCCGAUGCGACAGACAGACGCGGCCGUGCAGACGGACCGGCCCGACGACGCGUGGAGCGCGUGCGAGGAGUGCGGCCGCGCCGCCAAGAAGAUGCGCUCGAACAUGGACAGCAUCUGGGGGGAGGCGGGUACCUGCGAGAAUUGUUUGGCGCGCCCGCCGCCGGCCUCCGCGCCGCCCGCGGACGAGCUGCGGCGGGAGUGGGAGGAGUUGCUGUCGGAUAUCAGCGCGGCACACGCGCAGUACUUGAGCGGUGCCGAAACGAGUGCGGGCGGGAAUGCGGACGUGGAAUCCGGCGAGGAAUCGCUGGUGAACACGGCGGAGUGCCGCAAACGGCGGCACAGCGCCGCGCUCCGCUGUAUGGCGGCGUGCUCGCACCCGCACGCUCGUUUCCUGCGGUGUUGUUCGGCCGCGAUGCAUCGCCCGCUCACUCGCUGACGGUCACGUUGUGGACGUUCGGAAUCUAAUUAUUCAUAAUUUUUAAUUGUAUAUUUUUUGUUGUUGUCAUCAUCAUUUGACGGACAUGAUUACUGAGACAUUCGAUAGUAACGACUAGAGAAUUGCAUGCUGAGCUUUAUUUCAACUUAGUUCUCAGAAAUGAAGAUAUAAUCCCGGGGUCAGACAUAAUUUUCUGUACGGAACAAAAACCCAUUUGAAUAUAAUGUGACGAAAAUAAUUUUUAUUUGAACAAUAUGUGCACGCAUAAUACUUACUGUAUUUAAAUUAUUAAAAGCAUAGUACACUACAUAACAAAUAAAUUCCCUAACUAUACGUGAUAACUCCUUUGUCAUACAUAUUUGAACUUGUCUGACACCAAUUUAAUAACAUGAAAUUGUCAUUAAUUCAGUAUAAUUUUGUUGCUAAUGCAGCUCAGAAUGUUAGUUGAUACCAAUCAUAUUUAUUUAUAUUGACUUUUUCCAUUUUUUUUUAUGUUUACAAAUUAAUACUAACAACUUAUUGAUUGUCUCAGCAGCGUGUCCAUAUUCGUUAUUUAGAAGGCACGCGCAAUAUUAUUCGAUAUAUGUAUAUUGUUUUUUGUUUAUUAUUGAUCUUGAACCGAUUUGGUUUCAGUAAUGAUUCCACUAAAUAAUUGGUCAUAUUUACACAGAGUACGUAAUAAUACAGUGCCGCAAUGAUUCGUGUGAUUGUGAUGUAAUAUUGACGUACAUCAAUAAAUGAAGUCUAGCAACCUUCCAAUUUCAUGGAACUACAGUAAUUGUUACGUAAAUCUGUGUCAAGGCGACUAGCUUCUAUUUCGUUUACCAGAAUAUCAGUCAGUUUAUACAUAUUUCCUCUUUUAUAUUAAAAUUUACAAUAUUAUUGUAAAAUGAAGUUACAAAUGAAAAUUCUGCGUUAUUGUAGUCAUGUUCUAGAAUUUCAAAAUGGACAUACCGUCGUGAAUGCACUUUGACGUUUUUUAACAAUUUCAUGGCUCUAUUUCUCUCUUUCAAGUGGCAUUAGAAUUGAAAAAAGUUAGCAAUAAUAAUAGGUUUAAUUAGCGAAGCCUUGCAGUUAUGUUUUCCUGGUUGCAUCGGCGACGUUCACGCGAAGUUUAGAAAUUGCUAACAUAUCUUUAACUUUGUAGAUAUUGUUGGAAGGAGUAUAUAUGUAACAUUAAUUUUAGUUCAAUGUUUUCUUUGUAGAGAUUUCAUAUUGAUAGAGAUGUUCGAUGGAAUGCUACGUCUUACUGCAUUAUGUCAAAAAUAUUUGGUAAAGAUUGAAUAAUGUAUGUAAUCGUUUGGACACCCUUGGGUGAAGUAUUGGAAUUGAAUUGGAUUAUUUAUUUUUUUGCCUUUGAUGUUAUUUACGUAAUUUGCAUUCUGUUAAUAUAUUUAUGGUAAAUAAUGAGAGGUAGCAUUUCAUGAUGAACAUUAGGACGAUUCUAAUAUAAUUCUUACAAUAAUAUCGUCCCCAAUUGUUUAAUAAUUUGUUAAUAUAAAUCGUAGAUAUUGCAGGUAUUUUAUUUUGUUAGUAUUUUUCGGUUACGUUUUCUGACGAUGUAGAAUCAUUCAAAAUUUUAUAAAAAUGAAAAAUUUUUUGUUUUCUGUUAAACAACCAGAACGAGUGGUAGGAGAUGCAUAAGGGCGUGUCUCCACUCCGCCAGCAGUGGAUACCUUUUUGGUUGUAAAAAUGACAUUUGGUACCAAGAAAGUAUACACUGCUGCGGUUUUGCGAUCGUCCAAAGCCAGUGGAGAUGGACCUUUAUAUAUCUAAGGCUUGUGGUAAGUGUUAUAGUUGGCAGUGGACGAUUUGUUUUUAAUGGUUGGUUCAGUAUGUCGUACGUUAGUUUUACACGCGGCGAUUUUAUUGAAUAGCCGCAUAAUAUAAAGGUAGGAAGGCGGGCGAUACGCGGCCGUAGUGACACAGUCGACGAGCGCCGCACCGCUCAGCCGAUUAGUGGUAGUUCGAGGUGUCAAGUUUUGUAUGAAGUUGGACAAUGAUAGUCGGGGGUGCCCCAGUGCCGCCCUCUAGUGUGUUGGAUGAGGUGAAGAAUUGUGUAGAAUUGUGCUCUUCGAUAGUUAAAUGUACAGUCACUGUUUAAGCGCAUGUUUUAAAACGACUUCAAUUCAAGAACUAUGAACAGUGACUGUACGGAAAUGUAAUAUAAUUUACACCUCCAAUAUGGAUUGUAACAGUUCAUAUAGGCGUAACUGUUGUUAUAGUUUAUGUAAAGCAUAAGAAGUGUAUAUGAUAUAUUUUCAUUUAUGCGGGGCUCUUCAAUUUGCUACUCAAGAGCAUUACUGUGUACAGAGUAGCGCCUUUAUGGUUACUAGUAACCACGUGAGUCUGUACAAGGCCCCAAUCUUUAUUUAUUUCGUUUAAAGCCUUGCCUAGUUACAAUUUCAUAUAAAAGUAAUCAUUCAUGCAAACUUUGCUAUUUUAUGUGUCGUGUUUGAUAUAUUUAUUUUUCUGUAGUGUGAUUUACUUUGUAAUAACUGAAAAAUCACCAAAAAAAUAUUUCAUCGCAUUGCAAAGGCUAUCUGUUAUUGUAUAUAUAUAUUUACUAUAUUGUGAAAUUAUUGUAUAGACAUAUUCCGUUCUUACAUUUAUUAAGUUCGUUAGUUCUGUUGACUUCAGUAUCUGAAACAGCCAUAUUCGACAGCCUUUACUUGAAGAAUUGCGCUAUAAAUAUUGAAGUUUAUAAUUCAUUACAGUUGAUGCAUGCCUGUAAUGACAUCACACCUAUGUAUAUAAAAAUCAUAAUUAUAGGUAUUUUAAGGACGUUAUAAUUGUAAAUACUGAUUGUCACUUGUGUUCAUUAAAGUCUUAUUCUUCAUGUAGUACCUGUAAACACUAGUCGGUUUACAGUGUUUCAGAUAUUGAAGUAAUCAUUUAUUAAUGUCUAAAGUUUUAUCGUUAUAUAUGGUUGGGUAUUUUUAACAUUUUCAACUAAUUAAUUCACGUUCAUUAAUUUGAUUGUCACGUUAAUGUAUUUUCAUUUAUCCUGUCAUAAGUUCAUUAUUAUAUUGUACUUAUACCAUUAACGAUAUUCGAUAAAGGAAACCUCGAUAAAAAAUAUUAGAAAAUCCAAAAAAAAAAAUGUUCGAUACAAGUUUGCAUAUAAUAUUAUAUUUGAUUAUAAUUUAAUCUAAUGUAAUGUGCUUAUGCACUUGAUUGUCUAUAUAUCCGUAUCAUCUAUGGAUAAGUUUUCGACGCGAAGUCGAACGCAAUUUGUGGUUUGCGACGGCUCUGUGUAAGGGGACUUAGUUAUUAAUGCAAGAUCGAGCCGUUGCAAACUUAGCUUUCGUUAUCGAUAAAUCUAUUAGAAUGUAUUUAAUCUCUCUGGACAGCAUAAUAGAUAAUUUUGUUUUAAUAGAUGUAUUGAUAUCGUUUUAAACCUUUAAAAGUGCUCGCAAAGAUUUAUCUAAGGAGUAUGGUAUUGCAGUGACAACGUGCGAGUGCUUUUAUUGGAGAUAGGUCCCUAAACUCACAUUGUAAGUGUAAGCCACUAGACUAUUGGCGAUUGAGCUUUUCUCAGUAAAAUUGGUACCUAUUUGAAUAUUUACACAUCUUUCACAGUCUCUUAUAUUUUUGUUUGUAAAAUUAUUGCUGAAACGAGAGCAAAGCAUUUUGCCAAGAGAAUUUUUCAACACGUAGCUAAUCAAGCACACGUUUGAUAUCUCAAAUGUUAACAAUUACGAAAUAUUGCAUGUAGUUGUAUUUUAAAUCUUGUGAUGCUCUCAUCAAGUAACAAUUGGGCUUGUAACCGAUUGAUUGCCCUUGGUUACAUGCGUAUUUGUUUACAUCAUAUCAAAUUAUAUUUCUUCUUUUUGUUUUUGAAAUUUCUUAAUUCAAAUUAGAGAUAAAAAUAUGUUAUAGGCCAGGGUAGGAGCAAGUUCAUAAGGGAUUUCACGUCUUAAUUGUGGUAAAUGCUA